UGCAUAUUUGCGACCCGGUUAAAAAUCAAACCAUUUAUUUAAGCAUGAAAAGGAAAUCUCGCACAGGGUGCUACCUGAAUAAAACAAAACGAGUAACCGCCCUGUCAAACGUCACACACAUACAUUUACUUUUAUUUAAUGCUUUUGUUGAUGUUACAGCAAAACAAUUAGCAACAUUACAUAUUGCAUUAAUUAUUUACCAACUCCAAAUUAAAACUAUAUCAUUAAAUUAUCCAACUGAAAUGAAUGAAAUAAUCAAAACAAAAGAAAACAUCAAAUUAACUGACAUUGCAACAACUGAAAAGUUAAAAUAACGGAAGUUAACAUCUGACAUUUUGUUUCUAUUAUUUCACCGAAAAUUUCAACAGUUGGCCGGCCAACAGGAUAAACUGCGGAUGUUGAAAUUUAAUUGUGCUGUGCCCGAAAUAAAGAAAGCAAUUAUUGCAAAACCAUAACCAAAGGAACUUGUAGUUACUUAAUAGUUUAAUUUAAGCACUUGAUUUACAAAAUUAAGUAAAGUGGAGAUUUUCUUGGCGAAAAAAUUAAGGAUUUCUACAAAAUUCAUACACAAAAAAGCAACCUCAAAAUUAAGUACUUAAAGUAAAGGGGAAUAGUUGCUUAAAACCUAAUAAGGCAAAUAUUUAUUGUUUAGAAAUAAUAUUUGCAGUUUUUCCUUAUUGGAUAAUUUAAGAAUAUCUUACAAAAAAGACAUAACCAAAGAGGCAAAUGUUUUGCCUACAUAAGUGCUUCGCAGGAAAGUCGGUGCUAUAAUAGUGUUUAGUGAUUAUUAUUAUGAAUGAAAAAAGUGUGAUAAUUUUUAUAAAUGAAAAAAAAGGUGUGAUUGUGUAUGUGUGUGAAAUAAGUUUACAAACGUGAAAGCAAGCGCAACUUUUAUUUAAAAUGCAAAACGCUCAUUGCUCACCUUCGCCGACGCACUUUCGUCCGUUCCCUCGCCUUGUGAAGGCACAACACAACAACACUGUUGGCAAACUGCUGCUGCUACAGCAACAACGUCGACACAUACUCAUGCACACGCACACACGACGCGCGGCUUUGAAAAGAAAUCGAGUUUUUCCGUCGUACACACACCAUCCACACGGACAGCAGCCACCGCGCACACACAGGCGCAAAGGUGUUGCUUGUUUGUUAGCCGCACCACAGUCAGUCCAAAAGUUACGUUCAUUCAGUUCACUCGGUCUUUGUGAAGCGUUGUCGUCGUAGUCGUUGUCGUGUUGUGCGCUGCGCUUAUCCACACACCGUCUUUCUCGCCUGCCUGUUGCCCGAUAUCAAACGCAGUGUGCUAAUAACAAAAUAAUAAUUAUUUUCUAUAUUUUGAAACGUGUUCAUCUUCGUGCGAGUUCGCAAAUAUUGUGCCGUUGCGAACUUGGCGUGUUCUUUUCGCAAGCGAAAUUAGUAAGCGUGUUGAUGAUUUGACGCCCAAAAUUCAAUUGAAAAAGCGACUGUGUCGAGAAAAGUGUGCAAAAGAGCGAGGGUUUCGCAAAAACCCCGCAAAAAAAUUAUUUAAAAAUAUUAAUAUUAAAACAAAAACAGCAAAAUUUGCAAAAAAUUGCAAAAAAUGUGCAAGCAGAAAUGAAACAAUAGCGAAGUUAUAAAAACAGCAAACAGCAUCAGAGCUUAAAUGCAAAGUGUGGCAGCUUAGGCGGCAUAAAAGUGUUGUUGCGAAUUCAAUUGUGUUCAAAGCAAGCAAAAAACGCAAAAAAAAUACAUAUAAACAUCUAACAUUGUGUACAUUUUAUCGUUGGUUAGUACAAUAAAACCAAUAAAACCGUAGACAAGUUUGAAAAAAAGUUGUAAACUCAUAACUCCUUCAGUGUAUUUCAUACAACAACAAAUAGCAGCAUUGGAUUACAUAUUUACAUACCUAGCUGACAGAAAACUUGUCUUAAAUCCAUAAAACACCGCAAAAACAACAUCGUCAUUGUGUGUCUUUGUGCCAAGUACUCAUAAUAAUUGUGCUAGUAUUCUCCAAAAAUAUAUAAAUACGAAAACUUAUAGUUUACUUGUGUGAAAAGUGACAUUUCAGUCAACAAAUCAGUGUACCGAUGCCAGCAAAUUUGGAAUACUCAUAAGCUAAGAGCCGUCGCAACUGCAAGCUACAAACGCGCCGUUAGCCAAGUGCAAGCAAAGCCGCCUCAGCGCGAGAAAUAUAGUUUGGUUCCCGACCGUUAACCGCACAGCUAUCACAAUGGCGCUGCACUCGACAGAAGCCUUAAUGGCUGCGGGUUUUCUGAAAUCCGGCGAUUUGGGCCAUCAUCCGCACAGCUAUGGCGGCCCGCAUCCACAUCAUUCGGUGCCGCACGGGCCGCUGCCACCAGGAAUGCCGAUGCCGUCAUUAGGACCCUUCGGAUUACCUCACGGUUUAGAAGCUGUUGGGUUCUCCCAAGGUAUGUGGGGUGUGAAUACAAGAAAGCAGAGACGCGAAAGAACCACAUUUACACGCGCCCAAUUGGACGUAUUGGAAGCGUUAUUUGGUAAAACACGCUAUCCGGACAUAUUCAUGCGAGAGGAAGUGGCGCUGAAGAUCAAUCUACCCGAAUCCAGAGUACAGGUUUGGUUUAAAAAUCGGCGCGCCAAAUGUCGCCAACAACUGCAGCAGCAACAGCAAUCAAAUAGCCUUAACAGUUCGAAGAAUGUCAGCUCCGGCUCCGGCUCCUGCUCUACAUCGCGCAACACAUCGAAUAGCGGCAAUAGCAACAACAAUUCCAGCUCAUCCAAUGCCAACAAAUCGAGUUCACACUCAUCGCAUUCCACGUCCGGCGGCAGCGGCGGCAAUAAAUCUGGCAACUCCUCGGGCGCCGGCGGCAAUGCGAAUAAUCCGAACAAUGCCGGCGGUUCAUCAGCAGCAGCGGCCGCAGCCGCCGCCGCCGUCGCACAGUCUAUAAAAUCCCAUCACAGUUCCUUCCUAAACGCUUCCGCCUCGGGCUCAGCGGUAACGCCCACCUCCGGUUCGGCCGUUUCGUCGCACGCACACUCAACACAUCCGCAUCACAUGUCCGCCGGUGGUGGCAUCAAUUCGCUAGCGUCCGGCCCAUCCGUGGCCACGGUGAAUUCACUGAACGCCUCAGUGGCUGCGCAUCAAAACUCCUCACCACUGUUGCCCACACCCGCCACCUCCGUGAGUCCCGUCAGCAUUGUCUGCAAGAAGGAACACAUCAGCGGCGGCUACCCUGGCGGUCCGGUCGGCAAUGACGGCUCUUUGCGUUCCACCUACGACACAUUGAAGGACGGCGGCGGCGACAUCAGCAGCAGCGCCAUACAUCAUCACAGCAUCUAUGGCACUGCGGCCGCGACGAAUCCACGUUUGGUGCAACCCGGUGGCAAUAUAACACCGAUGGAUUCGAGCUCCAGCAUCACAACACCAUCACCGCCCAUCACACCCAUGUCACCACAAUCGGCCGCCGCUGCAGCACAUGCCGCACAAAGCGCACAGUCGGCGCAUCACUCGGCCGCCCAUUCGGCGUACAUGCCGAAUCAUGAUUCGUACAAUUUCUGGCAUAAUCAAUAUCAACAGUAUCCCAACAACUAUGCACAGGCGCCGAGCUACUACUCGCAAAUGGAGUAUUUCAGCAACCAGAAUCAGGUCAACUACAAUAUGGGCCACACCGGCUACAGCGCCUCGAAUUUCGGCCUCUCACCUAGUCCCUCGUUCACCGGCACCGUGUCGGCGCAGGCCUUCUCGCAGAACAGCCUGGACUACAUGUCGCCACAAGACAAGUACGUGAACAUGGUGUAG